AAGAAGAGAAAGAAAUCGGUUUUGACAGUUCGAAAUUUUGACAGUUGACGAGGGGUUAGUUCAUCAAAGUGGUAAUGGAUGAAACAGAGUAAAAACAAAAACUUAAACUAAUGAUAGUACACACACUAUAUUUCCUGACAUAUUGCGUUUAGUGGACAUAUUUGGCCUUUUUGUAAAAUUGUAAAAAUUGUCUUGUAGAAAAUUAGUAUACCUAAAUCAUACCGAACAUUGUAUUAGCAAAUGAAACUGGAUGUUCGAAAUUUUAAUGUCAACUAGCAGCUCUCGAUCGAAGUGUCACAAUCAGCUGUUUAUACCCACUGUGUACAAUAAAAAUUUGUAAAGUAUACAAGCUAUUUAAACAGAUUGUGCAAAUUCAUAUAUAAUACCUAAAAAAUACCUUUGGGGAAAUAAAAUGGAACAAUUCAAAGGAUCAGCGAAAACACUUUUCAUUUGGACACAAUCAUCCCUUGUACAGGCCAGUACAGAAAAAUUGCAGGAGGCAACUGGCGGUGAGGUUAUCUUAGAGAAUAUCAAUCGCUUGACUUUUGCUACUUACGGCGAAUCUACGUUCGAUCUAAUUGUAAUUGAAAAUGCACAGUUGACAGAUGCCUUCGAUAAAUUACUGCGCUUGCUGAAACCAAACGGAAAAUUAUAUUUAGCCAGUAUUUUUGGUACACCAGAAGUUUUUCAACAAGAGCUUAAACUUUCUGGUUUUAUCAAUGUGAGUAUAAAUAAGGAGGACGGUACUUUGACUAGUCAGAAACCAAAUUAUGAAACUGGCUCAGCAAUCAUGCUGUCCUUUGCUAAAAAGGAUGGCAAAACACCAUCAGUAUGGAAAGUAAAUGGUGAUGGUGAUGAAGAGCUAAUCGAUGAAGAUGAUUUGUUGGAUGAAGAGGAUAAGAAGAAACCAGAUCCUGAAAGUCUAAGAGUUUGUGGGACCACUGGUAAACGAAAGGCCUGCAAAAAUUGUUCUUGUGGAUUAGCGGAAGAGCUUGAAUCCGAAGCAGCACAAAAGUCUAAGGCUGACACAGCAAAUGCCAAAUCCAGCUGUGGCAAUUGUUACUUAGGUGAUGCAUUCCGUUGUUCAUCAUGUCCAUACCUUGGCAUGCCUGCGUUUAAGCCUGGUGAAAAAGUAGAACUAGCUGGCAAUUUACUUAAUGACGAUAUCUAAGAAAUCUGCAAUACAUUUUACUGUGAUUUACAUACAUGUAUUCGUAUUUAAUAAUAUCGUGUAAACUUAUCUGGGAAUUAAUAUAGCAUAUUUAAUUCCGACUGAUGUGGGGAAAUAGUUUUAGGAAACC